AUGGUCGGAAUUAGAGUUGAUCUGCCUUCAGAGCGACCUCAACAACGGCCUUGGUUUCGGUCUCCUGGGCAACAAGACCACGGGGGUGCUGGUGAGGAACAUUGUUCCCGGUGGGAACGCCGAUUCGGUGAGUCCACGUCUUCCCCUCCCUCAACGCCUGAAAUGAUCGCGAAAUCUGCUUGUCUAACAAAUUCUGUGACGGUUGGAAACCUUCGACCGGGAGACCUAAUCAUGCGUGUCGGAGACGUUUCGACGCGGGGCAUGGGUCCAGACCAGGUGGCGCGUCUGCUUCGCCAGGCCAUGAUGACGAGUUUUGCGCACGCCGCCAGCACAUCCGGAGAGACGAUGGUGUCGCAUCCAGCCUCUGUGUCCUCCUUUUCUACUUCCCACUCAACCAGCUCCAUUUCCGCAGCUUCAACCUCAGUGUCCGGAGGUCUUCCAGUGAGGCUGGUGGUCUCCAGACCUGCUCAAGGUCGUCCGGCCGCUCUUGCCGAGGUCUACGAGGAACAGAAUCGACAAAUCAGCCAGCGACAACCCCUCGGUCCGUUGUGGUAUGUUCACGCUCUGCAUGAUCCAUGUGAAGCGCUAGACGAACCGCUCGACCACCUAACGGAUCUCAUGCUUCCACAGGCCCCACCAACGACUACGCAGGCUGAAGUUAACACGCGGCCACGAGUUCCUUCUACGGCGACCGAUACUGCCUCCGAGGUACCCAAUUCUGUCACCAAGACCACUGACGUACACGAAUCAUCUUCUAGUCAAGAGGUUGGUGAACGUAAACGCAGAGAGCAUCAGCAGUUAAAACCUCAGCUCAUUUCGAUGCAUCUAAUGCCAGAUUUUUCUUAUCAGAUGCAGUCGGAGCUAAUUCAACCACCCUCUUUACCUCCUAAUGAUGAUGAUGAUAAUCUCAGUUUUGAUACGACGCAGGCAAUCACCCCCUCCACAUCGAUUACUUCACCAAUUGUCAGCGUGGACGAACAAAGCCAACCGAAUGAGGCCCUGGAGAGUUGUGUGGAGUUUUCUGUGCUCUUAAGGAAACCCCCGGGUGGACAGAACGUCGGUCUGGGACUGAUCAUUGUCGGAUACGUGUCGGGUGAUCCCGAUCACCACCCAACAAGAAUGACACCGCAAAAUAGCAACACUCAUUGCCUUCUAUGGUUCUCCCACAUUGAUGAUUGUAUUCAGGUUAACGGCGUCGAUUUGAAGACUCUCUCGAACAAGGCAGCCGCCAAUUUACUCAAACACUCGGGUCCUGUCGUCCAUCUCACCUUCCUCCGCCACACUUCCGGUCAGGUCUGUGAGCAACUCAAACAACUAGUUUCUCCUCCGACAAGACCUUCGAGGACGUGUCGUGCGUUGGCGACCCUUCCGUUUGGACUUUGUCGAAGACCUCAAAAGAGGCGUUCUCGGCGGAAUUGCGAAACAACUGCGCAUCCCACGUACUCAGCGAAUAGUUUAAAACCCCUUGCCAUAUACAUUCCCAGCAAUCACCAAAAGCCGUUCGGUGUCUGUCCGGCACAAAGUGAGAUCCUCGUUGCACCGGAGCUAAAUUCGGAGGAGUCAGACGACUCCAUCUGCCGAGUUCCCAGGGAAACUGCACCAGUAGCCGGGUCGUGGACGUGCCAGAGCCUCCCAGUGCUGUAUGCAAACUUGAGGGAACCGUCUCCGUCGCCUACAUCCUGCGAAACCGAGGCAAUUUUACAGUCUUCGACUCCGUCUGUGUUCCAAGGCGAACAGACAACAUCAUCCACGGCUGCCUCACUUACCUUAAACAGUUCUCCACUGGAGGAAACAGAUGAGACCGAAGAGUCGACGGCUGACACUUCCUCGAUGCAUUCGCGAUUAAACUGGACAAUUGGAAUGAUCGAAUCAGUUUACUUAAGAGCUGCAGUGCAUUUCGUUGCCCGUAACAAACCGCCCGGCCGUUCUAUUCGUCGGACAGUGAACACACUCGGCGUGCCCUUCGUCUGCGAAACAGUGCUGGUGACAUUUAGCACAGCGCUGGGCGGUGUGGCUCGGUAUUCUAGCAUGCCGCCGCAUUUCCUUCGUUCAACCCCUUGCCCUGGACCCGCUCGCACACCUGCGUCCAUUCCAUUUCUCCGCUUCUGGUGGUUCUGCACACGCACACAGUCUAGCUCUACGCCGAACUAUUUAUGUGCUAGCCAGCCGUGGACUCCGGUUUACGUUGGGCCUUUUUUUCACUCGCAUUUUCACCAACUACCGCCCCUCCGCAUUCCAAACAAAUUUGUCGCAGAAGUCUGUCAACCACGGGAAGGCAUUCACGCACAGGCACCACCACCAUCAUCAUCAUCCCACCACGCCGGCUUUGUUCGUCACGGCUUUGGUUUUGUCCCCGAGCGUGGUUUCCGCGCGAAGCCUGUUUCUGCGUCCACGUGUGCUGCAGGCUUUUUGUGUCUCCCGUUAACGGCCGUCACUUUAUCGAUUUUUAUCCUAGCUGGUCGGGCACCGCCGGAGCUGAUCAAGCUGAUGGUGGAUGUGUGGACUCCAAUCGUUGGACCUAACAAAGAAAUCAUGGUAAGGUUUGCCUUUGAAAUGACACAACCGCUAAUUGUAAUCCGGACAGUCCGACCGAAGAACAUGCGGGUGCUUGGGAUUUCGCUGCAGGGCUCGACUCUGCUGGAUGCCUCGGAGUCCACACCAGACAAGCUGUCAGAAGCGGCUGCGGAGGACGACGCCACCGCCACCGCCUCGCCCUCGCGUCACUUCGUCCACUCCGUCCUCCCCAACAGCCUCUUCGGCCAACUCGGUUGUCUUCAGCGCGGCGACGAGAUCCUCCAGGUACGGCCGCGAGCCAUGCACCGCCUUCCGACUCUCCAUCCAACACACGCAUUUCGCCACGAAUUCGACACGCGUUGGCGUUGUUAUUGCAGCGUUAAUGGCUACCGCCUACACGGCUACUCGCACGUCGAGGCUGUGCGUUGUCUGCGAUGCCUUCCCUCGCACAUUGAACUAGUGAUUGCACGCUCACUGGACGCCGGCCACGACGAAGGUCAGUAUUUCAUGGAAGACGUCGACGGAAACACGACGCUCCAGGUGGCGGCCAGCGAGAUCGGCUCGACGUUGACCGGAUUGGAGGACGGCGCCGGAGGUUCCACGCGAAAGGACUCCGGCGAUUGGCUCGGGGUGUCGCCUGUCGCCCUCCCCAACCAGCCACCGGACCUGCGCGUCUCCGAGUGGAUCCACAGAUCCCACUCGGACAUCACUUCCACCAAGAUGAUGCUGAACGGGUCCGCCGACUUGGUCAGUCGUCUGGCCACUCCACUUGAUGCCGUGUCUUCCCACGAAGCACCCACCUCGCCUCCGACCUCGUCGAUGUCGCUCUCCGCUGUUAGCAAAGCCGACGACAGUCUUCUAAGCCUCGACAACACGCGCAUGUCCACACUGCUUCGAAGCAUGAAGGUUCAGCGAAACCGUCUAGAUCCCUCUGGUGCCACUUCCAUGCUUCUGCCGGGAUCAGACCUCAAACCCACCUGGUCCAAGGUUCCGCUCAUCGUGAUGCUGCGCAGAGACACGAAAGGCUUCGGAUUCUCGCUCUCCGAAUUCGACGAUUUUGCGGUUUCCACGACCACAGUCCGUACUAGUUCAUUGAGGCGUCGAGCUUCUACGCUCACUCGUCGUCGCACAGUCGCCGGCGACAUGAACCUGACACCUGACCGUGUGUCCACGCUUCCACGAAGCGCCACCGCCGCGGGCGGCACGUUGUCGCGGCCCCGUCGAAGUGUCCUCCUGAUCGAUCUGAUCCAACCGGGCGGGUGUGUGGACCGCGACGGGCGACUGGCGGUCGGCGACAGACUCCUCUUCGUCAACGACCGCAAGCUCUCGAAGGCCAGUCUCGGGGAGGCUGCCACGGUGCUGCAAAACGUGCCCCUCGGCUACACGAUGAUUGGCGUCGCCAAAAUGAAACUCGUCCACGCCACCCCACAGCCACCUGUUGAGUCGCUCUCCUCGCCGCAGUUUGCGGCUCUGGUGUCGAGCGAUGACAAGUCACUGCCAUUGCAAGCCGUCGGUCUGUUAAUUAAAUCUGUUCCCUGCAUGGUGGCAGGCUGUACUGCCGUUCCCCCCUCAAACCCACCUCGUCCCCUCUACUAUCGAUCCGCGGUGAUCACUCGCGGCAAGCAUCUCUGGGGUGACGAGGGCUCGCCACUUUCCCCCUCUGUAGACCGCGUAGCCAAUCAGCUUGUCGAAGAAGUCCUAACUUUGGCCACACUGGCCCAUUCCGAGUCCCCAAGCACCAGCGAGUUCGCGUGGACGUACUCGAACACCUCGUCUACGGCUUCCUCCUUGGACAGUCUCGACGUGCUUCCGUUUGUCGAUGACCUCCUCGCCUCAGCACUCCAAAUCCUCUUGGAGACAGAAAUCGAUUCACGCGCCGAGUGUCUUAAACACCUUCCACUCCCUCCGCGGAGUUCAACGCUCCCCGUUGCACCAGGGGUCCGCUUGUUGGCCUCAAUUUGCGACACCCCAGCCCCCAUGGCAAUCACGGAACCUCAUGCUCUUGAAGAGCUUGACCAGGCUGGUGACGAUGAUGAUGAGGUUGAUAGUUUUGGGUCGUCGGAGAGCUCCACCGAAGAGUCUGAUUUCAGCAAGUCCUCCGAGGACUGGUUGGCGGGCCUGGAGUUUGUUCGCGACACCGGAAGCGACACCGAGGCCCUCAGGUCCUGGUCCCAGCCACCACCUCGUUGUCGUGCCGCGUGCUCGGGCGAUGUGGCGACGCGUCUGCGGGGCGAUCUGUGCACUGCGUGGAUGCUGCGCCAAAACGCCCACGAUCGUCAUAGUGGUGAGUUGCAGUCGGCGCCACUUCCCUCCGUCAGUUCACUCCCUUCCUUUGCAAAUCGUCCGCCGUUUGCUUGUCCACGUCCUGUGUUGCGUGGGGUCCAUUUUCUGUCGGCCGACGCCCUCCAAGCCGUUCCGACCGUGGAAGUGUGCCAGGCAGUGGGUUAUUCGUUGAAUUGGAAAUCACUGUUGGUCGUGGAUCUUGUGAAACGUUUCCGUCAACUUGGCGAAAUUGUGGCCGACAACACGGCUGUGGCGAUGUUCUUUAAAAAGGCCGCGCUACUAGUCAAGGAGGCGCUGGUCGCGGAUGAAUUCGCCAAGGAGUACGCUAAGGAUCACCCUCUGGACUUCUACUCACCCCUGACGCUGCAUCUGGAUGACAUGCCCUAUCAUGCCUCGACGCUGAAGGUUCCAGGAAUUGACGUCAAUGACGAGACAGUCGUCCGGGUGAAGACCAAUGGCUUGCCUCUGGGCCUGGAGUUGGACGCUCUGGCGGCGGGCGGACAAGACGGUUGUCGCGUCGUCAAGGUCCUUCGUGGUGGCGCCGUUGAGAAGGCGGCAGCCCUCGUCCCCGGGGACUACAUCACUCGCAUCAACUCCGACACCCUCAGAUGCGUCUCCAACGCCGAGGCCUUCCGCGUCCUGCGCAAAGUCUCCGUUGAAUGCAGCACUAUUGAAAUCGCCUAUUACCCCGCCGAAAAAGUGCUCGAUCACCGAGCCAAGCACAUGAAAGUUGGAUCCCUUGGCGUGGACAGUGCACCCGAGGCCUCCUUCAAUGACGCCAGUGACUCCAAGGCCUCCACCUCGGCCAUCGUUAGCCUGAUCGAGGACCUGCCACCGCCAGAAUUGAUCCUCACUACAACGCCCUUGUUGCUGGAAGCACCCUCCGCCGGAGCUUGCUGGACGCAGACCCGUGAAAUCAAACUGCUCAAACUUCCUCACGAAGCCACCUGGGGCAUCUUCAUUACAGGCGUUCCCCCCAUGCUCUGUUCGCCCCCAGGUCCCGAUAUGUGGGGAAACAACGAGGAUGAGGCAAAGUUGCCACCUCUGCCGCCGGAGGUUUCUCAGCCCGUUUUCAUCUCGAAGAUCGGCGACGACACGGCUGCCUCGCGUUGCGGUCUGCUGGAAUCCGGAGAUAUUGUCAUCGGCGUAAGUGCACCCGCUCUCUCCACCGUCACCACGCCUCUGGUAAAUGGGAUGGAUGCGACACGCGUGGGUUCGCGCACCGUCGCCGAGUGGCUCCAGACGGCAAACUUCGUUUCAACCUCAGCCUCCUCCUCCUCCGCUUCCGAUAACGAAAGUCCACAAACAGCCGAGUGGGCCUUCCUCUACCUCCUGGUGCUCUCCUUUCGCUCCGGAACGUCGUCAUCAUCACCGUCAUCUGGUAGGCGGGCGGUUGACCUUCAGUCGAUCCCUCCGGUCGCCCUCUUCGGUGACAUGACGUCGUCCGGUGGUGACUUCGACUGCAAAUCGCGUCCCGUCAGCUUCCUCGGCCACCCUGGCACCUUGGUGAGGUCGGCGUUCAUCUCCUCCAACGAGUCGAGCUCCAUGGAGGAGCCAACCUCUGUGGCGUCCUUGGAGCAACACGGCGACAUACCAGAACCCCUGGCCCUCUCCGACCUCGCCAUCACUCCCCCCAAGGGCCACGACAUGCCCCCUCUGCCCGCGAAUGGGACUCUCGACUCUUCUGAUGGCGGGUUCGCCUCUCUGGCCUACCACCACCCUGUCGCUCCGCCCAUCCCCUCUGUGCAGACGGUGGAGUCGCAGUCGGCGUGGCGCAACAUCGGUUCCACCAAGCUCACUUCGUCCCUCGCCCAAUUGACGGAGACGUAUCGAAGACCGGCGUUGGUGGAUGACGAGAUCCACGUGGUGACCCUGUCGCUGGCUGCGGCACGCUGUGGCGGAAGUAGCACAGCUGACUGCGAAGCAACCCUAGGCAUUCGAUUGGUCGGCCACCGCGACACCAACUUGCGUGGGGUGUUUGUGUGUAGUCUGCGCGAGAAGUCCCUCGCCGAUCAGACCCCGGGCCUCCAGGUCACCGACGAGAUUGUCCAGGUGAACAACGUCUGUGUGAUGGGUCUGACCCACGUCUCAGCCAAGCUCCUCAUCUCCAAGGAGGCGGAACUGGCGCGUCGGGGCACCGGAGGGGGUGGCGGUGAGGAGGAGGCGCAGAUCCUCCUCGUCAUCCGCCACAACGUCGUCUACAACUCGUCGGUGAUGGCUAGGCCGGCCGCGGGCACCACGCCCACCGCCUGCAGCCACUUCCUGCACAACCCCACCUUCGCCGCCCUCCGUGCGUCGUCGUCGUCGUCGCCGUCCAACACCACUCGUGAGUCGGGUCAAGUGAAGAGCUGGGACCGCAUAGUAGCCAUCAAUGGCGAAGCCGUCGACGACUACGACACAGCGCUGGCCAAACUGACGUUGUGUCGGCCCAGGGCGCAGCUGCGACUGGCACGUCUGAAGUCCCCGGCCGGCGUGCUGGGCACCAUUUCCGAGGGCGUUCGACGUCCCACACUUCCACGCGGUUUCUCCCCCCACACCAGGCCAACCCCGAUCCUCCGAGGUGUCGAGACCACCGUGGAAAUGCUUCGAAGUCCGGGCGAAGAGCUCGGCUUUUCAAUUGUCGGAGGAGCUGACACACUAAUGGGUGGCGUUUUCAUCCACCAAGUGCAUAACGGAAGCUUUGUUUGGAGGGACGGUCGUUUGAAGCCCGGAGACCAGAUUCUCGCUGUCGGAGAUCUCGAUCUGCGUCAGUCGAACCACGCGGCCGCCACCAAGGCCCUUCGUGAAACCCAAGAGCGCGUUCUGAUUACAAUUCUUCGCGGGGCGCCGUCUUUAGAGGACACCGCGUCGACCCUGAUCUCCCUUUCCGCCGGCGAUAUGCUCCAGACCUUCAACGUCACUCUCCAAAAGCAGCCGGGACAGGCCUUCGGCUUGGUUCUCGACGACAUUCCCGGUGGCGUGUACACCGGCGGCGUGGUAAUCGUUGAUGUUGCUGAUGGCAGUCCGGCCUCAAGGUCGUCGGUGUUAGCUUCAGGCGAUGUGAUUCUUGAGGUUGAUGGAAUUGAUGUUCACAAGGCCUCUUUCCAGGAUGUAACCGCUUUGCUUAAGACAUUCCCAAAUAGCGUUUUGCCGUUAACUGAAACAUUACAUGCAUCGCUCUCCCUGUGCUUGUGUGUCCGCCCCCUUAUGCUCCUCCCCCCCCCCGACUCCCCCUCUACACCCACAUCUUUCCGCCCCCCCUCCCCACCACCACUCGCCUCAUCCCCCUCCAACGUCGAAUCGACAGUCCUAGGUGUUCUCUCGCCAAUCCGUCGACCUUCAACCGUGCCUGUGCAUGUGUUCAGUUUACGGCUGGAGCAUUGCGUGUGUGUUCGGUGCUUCGCCCUCACGCCGUGUAAGUCGCCUCAGUGCGUUUUUGCUGUUACACGCUCAGUGCCUCGACUGCGACUCUUCACGGUCCUCCUGACGCGCCCGCCACUCCAGGGCAUCGGCGGCGCCUCGACCUCCGCACCCUCCUUCCGCGCCCUCGUCGUCGACGCCCACGUCCCCGGCGUCUUCGGUCUCAUCUUGCGCGCAGCCACCGACGGCGAACUGAGCUGCGCGCCUGGCAACCUCGUCGUCGACUCCAUCGUGCCCGACUCGCCCGCCGCCCGGUCUGGCAUGCUUCAGGUAAGUACACGUCGCGCUCUAAUCCCAACCAGCCAACCACACGUCGCACUCUACUCCCAACCAGCCAACCACACGUCGCACUCUACUCCCAAUCAACCAAUCACACACGCUGACGCUCGCGAGCGACUGUACAGGUGUAAACUGGUAUCGGUCACUUCUGCCGGUACUGUAACCUCGCGUGAUGGUGAUUGGUUGAUUUUGUCCACUCAGAUUGGCGAUCGCCUGCUGGGCAUUGAUCGUGAGCCAGUGGGUUGGCUGACGGUGGCUGACGUGGAGCGCUUCGCUCGGCCCUACGACUCGCUCACCUUCGAAUUCGGUCGUCUCCCACCGCUGCACUCGCGAACCUCCACGUACUCCUCGCCCUCCGACCACCUCGUCUUCGACGCCUACGAUUUCGGACUGGGCACCUUGCGCGAAGGGGAGGUAGUCCGCGCCAGUUCCCCCAUCUCCGUCAAUCCCGUCCGCUACCACCCCGAACCAGCAGCGGGCGCCAAUCAGCGCGCCGCUGGAGACCCGAUUCGGCCGUCCGGUCGCAACGACUCCACGUCCGUCACCGCCACAACCUACAACUACGAAGUGGACGAGGAGGAGGAGGAAGACAAGGAGGUGGAGGACAUGGGCAACGGCGUCAACAUUCGACAGAUCCAACUGCCGUUUGUGCCGCAGUCUUCCUCGAACGACGUCAGGCCUCAUCCACGCCUGGGGCUCUCCAUCUCCGCGGGGAAGGGCUCUUCCAGCGGCCAGUGGGUCGUCGGCGUCACCCCCAACUCGCCAGCUGCCCAAUCUGGUCUGCGGGUCGGCGACUGCAUUCUCGGCCUCGACGACCGCCUCCUCAUCGCCUGUGGAGGCCAUGACUCCGCGAAGGUCCUCCAAGCCAUCGAAACCGCGUGGGCGUCGCGUCUGCCGACCACCGACGCCCAGCAGGUGCGUUUCCGCGUUUUGCGUCUGUGUCUGGCGCCGUCCCCGAAAUGCACACAGGCUCCCGUCUCGUUGCCGACAGCCGCUGAAAAGAAGAGUCCCUUCCCGCAGUUUGAUGUUCCGACGCGUCGCUCUGACGCCCUCCUGCCUCCACAAUACUUCAGGGCGAACAGACGCUACCCUAAAGAUGUCGGUGACAAUUUGGACGUGCAUCUGCAGGCCGCCCCGCCAGGACUCCUGACACCGUUGAUGGUUGGAGUUACUGCUGGCGCCGUGGGUGGUGCGCUUUACCGAGGCGCCGUGGACGAUCCCGUCGGCCAGACGUACUUCCACCCUCCGGGUGAGUCAGGUGACCACGUCGCUGUCGCCACGAACGGCUUCUCACUGGAUGCCGGGGACAGUCACGCAACCAACUACGAUGACAUCGUUGAACGCGAGGCGCUGUUUGAGGAUCAUGAUGCCGACGGCGAUUUAUUCCACAAGGGCGAUGGGGACUAUGACAAUGGCAACGAAAAUUUUGAUCAGGGCAACUCGAUGGAAUCGCCGGAGCCGCUUGAUUACAGGGGAGAUGGCGCAGAGGACACUUACUAG